UCAAUAGUUUUGAAAGACUCUAUAUUUAUUCUGUCUACUGAAAAAUAACACAACCAUCGAAUAGCCGUCUACAUAACGGUGCAAACUAGCUCUAUUUCGAAGCUACAGAAGUCGCUACACAGGUUCACAGUAAUUAAAAACAAACUGUCUUGAAAUAAGAAGCCACACGAAUGGUUACGUAUUAAUCUGUUAGGAACAUUCCAAACAACUAGGAUGGAUCUUUAUACCUUCCUGGACCCUUAUGCCUUCUUCAUCAUGCUCAUGACUGUCCUCGUCCUCUAUACCCAAUGGUUCGAGUACCCCAUCUCAAACGUCAAACCUCUCCCAGGCCCACGGACGUGGUCCAUUCUGGGGAACCUACCCCAACUCAUUGCAGCCAGGUUCGACAUCAAUGACUUCCACGAGAGGCUGAGGAAGAUGUACGGAGCGGUGGUCGGGUAUCGGAUCUACCAUCAUAACGUGGUGGUCAUCAACGACUUGAAGCUUGUUCGAGAAGUCGCCAAUCAUCCCGAUUUCUGCGGACGAAUGAGAUCCAAGUUACAUGCGAACCUGUCCAAAGAGCCGAAUGUUGGUAUCUUAACUUCCUACGGACACACAUGGAAGGAACAUCACGAUGUCCUCUCAGGUUUUGUGACAGCACUGUCCAAGAGCAAACAACUGGAAGACAUCUGUACCAUAGAGGCCACCAAAUUUAUCAAGGUUCUGACCGACCAAACUGACAAAGACCUCAUCAUCCAUCAUUACUCUGUCCAGACUCUUGCCGUCAUCUUCUGUCAGGUGAUCUUCGGAAAGGUUCUCGAUGUCAAUGAUGACAUCGUGAAGGAGGUCGUUGACAUCGUUAUGGAGAGACAGAGAGAAUCGGCCUCUGCGACAAGGCGUCUGCUGCCGUCCUACGUAAAUAACUUGACGGGCAGUGGCGCCAAAAGGAGACAUCAACUCAAUGUCCAAUUUGUUGCUCUGGUCAAGACAUUGGUCGGUGACCACACCAAACAGACCGAGAUUUUAAUACCCUGCUUUGUUAGGAGGUAUUGGGACGAAAGGCAUGAGAAAUUACAAAGUAUGGAAGACGGUUCGAUGACAUCCCUAACCAGUGACAACCUUCUCUGGGCAUGCAUAGACCUCGUGACUGUCUGCGUUGAUGAAGCAUCCCUCCUUCUUACCCAAUCCCUCCUCCUGCUCGCUUCACACCCAGAAGUUCAGUCCAAGUUGAAGGAAGACAUCUGUCCUAAAGCAAGGGAACAAGACGACCAGGAACCUUCGGCUUACCUUGCAGCAGUUCAGCUCGAGACGCAACGCCUCGCACCUGACAAUCCUUGGUCAACGUCGUUGAUGGCGCUGUCCGAUGUCAAACUCGCUGACUUCGAGAUUCUUCAGGACGCUGUAGUCGUGGCAAAUUGGAGAUACCUCAGGCAGGGUGAUGACCAGGAUUGGGACGAACCGACUCAGUUCCAACCUGGAAGAUUUCUGGGCGAGGACGGAUCUCUGGUUGAACAUCCACAGAUGAUCUCAUUUCCAGCAGGUAAACGAGCAUGUCCAGCUGAUGCGAUGUCGUCAUCAGCCUCUUCCAUGCUGAUCAGACACAUUUGUCAACGGUUCAAACUGAGUUUGCCAGCUCAAACGACACACCCCUGUGAUAAGAAUGGACUCAUCCAGCGAAGUUCGCUAUUCAAAACAAAACUUCGAAUAGUACCACAUUAAUGUUCUCAGUUGUAGUAUAUAACUAGUCGGGAGUGCUUUUAAAAUUCACAAGUAUGAGAAGUUAUUUAACAUGUAUAUUAUUGUAGCUUGCCUUAUGUCGAUGAAAAGAGACAAAUUACAAGGAGUUACGGGAAGUGAAAAAAAGGGAAAAGUAAGUGUAGGAAAGUAAAACUUCUUUCAUCUUUCAUUAUCAUUACUAUAAUAGUAAAAGCAGCAGAAGUGAAAACAAAA